ACCAAAAUUUUCCAAACAUGUCUCGUUCGAUUAUUUAUUGGUUAUCAUUUUUGUUAUUAUUAUCAUCAUCAUCAUUGAUUGAUGCAAAUCGUUUAUCAACCCGAAUGGAUUUUUGUUGGGAAAAAAUACGUGUAACAAAAUUUUUUCGUUUUCAUGAUCAAAUAUUUUUCACAACAAAUAGUGUACAAUAUUAUGAUAAUUUUCGUUUAUUUAAUCUAACAAAUGGACAUUUAUCACAAGAAUUUGAAAUACCUGAUUUGGGUUCAAAUAGCAACAACAACGACCAACAACAGCAAUUACGAAUAAUAUGGGCAUUUACAUUUGAUCCAUUGAAUGAUGAUAAUGAUGAUUAUUGUCAUAAUCAGAAUAAUAUUGGACCAUCAUCAUCAUCAUCGACAACAUCAACAAAUCCAUAUCAAUCAUAUUGUAAUCGUUUAAGAAAAUUAUCCGAUACAAUUAUAGCAAGAUUAUCCGAUAUGAAUUUAAUUUAUUUAUCAUAUCGUUCUGGUCAUUUAAUUGAAAUAAAUAAUGAUGAUGAACCAUUUUUAGAAUUUGAAUCAUUUGUUAAACAUUUAGAUCAAUUUGGUUCGAUUAGUUCGAUUACAUUUGAUAAUCAAAAUAAUUAUUAUUAUAGUAUACAUUUUGUACGUUUAAAUCAAAUAUGUAUGACAAGAAUAAACAAUAACAACGACAAUAACAACAAUGAACAAAUUAUAAAGAAAAAUAUGGCCAUACCAAUGUUAAAAAAUUUAUUCCGUAAAAAUCCAUAUCAAACGGAUUGUUUACAAACAAAUCGUCCAUAUAGUUCAUUAAUUAAUUUUAAUAAUAUAAUUUAUGCAAUUGUAUUAUGGUUUGAUUCACCUGUUGGUUAUAUUGAUCAUUUACAAUUAUUAAAUAAACAUUCAAAUCAUUCGAAUUUGUUUGAAUUUAAACAAAUCGAACAGGAAAGUGAUAAAAAAUUUUUCAAUUGUUAUCACAAUUCUUCAAUCAUUCCAAUGAUGAUGAUGAAUGGACAAAAAUCAUCAAUCAAUACUGAUGUUAUUAAUGGUGAUAUUGAUAAAGAUGAUGUCAAUGUUGAACAUGCGGAAAACAAACCAUCAAUACAAUUAAUACGAAAUCAUCGUCGUUCAUCAUCUUCAUCAGCAUCUGCAUCAUCGAAAACAAAUCAUUCAAAAAUAUCCGAUAGAAUGAUUAAUAAUCAGAAUAAUAACAAUAAUCAAUUAAAUUCAACUGAACAAAUCAAUAAUAUUAUCUUUUGGUUGAUAAUAACAAUGUUAAUAUUGUUUGCUGUUAAUUUUUGUAUGAUCAAACAAUCUGGUUUUGGUUUUCGUUGGCUAAUAAGACAUCAAUCAACAUCAUGGGAUCGAAAUCGUCAUCGUCGUCGAAAUAAUAGUAAUCAUUGUACUCGUGAUGAUGGUGAUGUUACAGUAAAAAAGAUAAAAAAAACUAAAACUAUUAAAAAAUCGAUCAAUAACAACAACAACAAAUCAAUCAAAAAUAAUAAUAAUAAUUCAAAUUCAAAUGAUGAACGAGCGGAUAAAAUGGAACAAAUUAAACGAUUAUUAAAUGCAGAAUUAGCAUCAACACAAACACCAAUAACAACAUUGGGUGAUUUUUCCGAUGAUAAUUUGGAUGUUCAAUGA